AUGAAGGUUCUCGCGAUCCUCGCGCUGGUCGCCACUGCCGCCGUCGCGGCCACCGGCACGAAUGCGGCCUUUAGACAGAGAUACGCCGCGGUCGACAUGUCGCCAGCCGUCGAGGGCGCGUGUCUCGUUCCACGCUUCUUCAUUGACGCACCGAGGCUCGCUGUUCGUGAUGGUGGUAUAUGCAACCCGAACUUUCAUUCCUGCGUCGAUAUAGGCCACCCCGAGACCUGCUGCGGAAACACGAACUACUGCUACGUAAAACCCGACAAUACACCAUGGUGCUGCCCCCUCGGCUCCAACUGCGACUCAAACUGCGCCGCGACAGCGUACCAAUGCCCAACAACCAUCACCGUAACCGCCACCGUCUCGCAGACCAGAAGCGCGUCCUCCGCCUCCGCCGCCGCCCUCCUCACAACCUCUCUCUCGACAUCCUCAGCCUGCUGCGGCCGCACAUGCCCCUCCCCCUCCGCCUUCCGCUGCGAAUCCCAAUUCGGCGGCGGCUGCUGCUCCUACGGCCAAACAUGCGUCUCCAAUCGCGGCUGCGUGAGCACGCUCUCGGCGCCCACGUCGUCGUCUGCUGCUACGGGCGGCGGGCUGAAGCCCGCUGAUCCGAGGUGUGCUGCCACCACGCAGCACGCGUGCGAUGAUGGACGGGACGGGUGCUGCGAUAAUCUUAUGCAUUGUACUGUUGUUGGCGGGACGGCCGGGUGCGCGGCGGGGAAUCCGACGGCUACAGGGGAUGUGGGGUAUACUACCGUCCCGGACGGAGGAGCAGGAGGGGGAUUGUCGGCUGGGGCGAAGGCUGGGAUUGGGGUUGGUGUUGCUGUUGUGGGAUGUGCUCUCGCGGGGGUGCUUGCGUGGUUUUGUUUUGUGAGGAGACGGAGGGGGAGGGGGACUGUGACGGGGACGGCGACGAUGUCUGAGCGUAGCGGUGGGCGUAGUAGAGGGGCAGGAGGAGGGGCAGGAGUGUUUGGCGUCGGGAGCGAGAGGCCUAGUCGCGGGGUGCGGGCAUUGUCGGACGUUACCUCGGGAUCUCGACCGAACGGGCCCAGUCGGGGCGCGACGCAGGAUUACUUUGGUCCGGAUGCCGUUGCGGGGCCGUAUACCGAGACAGAGGAGACCGGGAUGUCCGCGGCGGUCGAUGGUUCGGGAGCCGGGGCUGGAGCCGGAACGGGGAUGGUGGGUACGCCUGGCCGAGGGCGGGGCGUGCCGCUACAGGCGCAUUCGCCCAACGACGUUGUCGCGCCUGUGGAGAUUGGGGACUCGGGCGGGAAGAGAGGGUACGGCUACGGCUACGGCCACAGCGUGACUUCUGUGCCGGAGGAGGAGCAUGAGGGGCCGCGGGAGUUGCAGACGCCGGUGUCUGCGGAGGAGACGACGCAGGGGCGGUACGAGUUGUACGGGUCUGAGAUGGCUUCGCCCGUGUCUGGGGCGCCGCCGUCUUCGAUUGUGCCUACGCCGUCGAUGAUGACGCCGCGGAGUAUCGCGAGUGUGAGCAUGUUUGAUAGGUCGCCUGGUCCUGCUCCUUCGGAGAGGGAGAGGGAGAGAUAG